AUAAAUGCGACGAACGCUGAUUCCGUAGGCAUGAUAGCGUGAGUAACACCAUUUAACUGAGCUGAUCCGCUCUGUCCGAAUUAGUAACGUGCACAGAACCGAACGAGGCAAAACGCAUAUCGGAGGCCACAACUUAGGUUUGAGGUCGACAGCCCGCUAGAGCUGCAAGUGCAGAUAGAGUAAACGUGACAGUGCCGGCGUUCAAUGUUCCGUUAGUGCCGCCUAUUUUGUAUCCGGGGUAGGUACUGUAGUUUCGUUGAUAGUGUCGAGCACGUGGUCCACUCCAAGAAAACAAACUGGACUAUGGUCCCAUAGACCCUCGCUCAGAGUGGACUAGGGGACAAAAAAAGUAUCUUGAAGCGCCGAAACCACUCGCGUACUAUCUCUGAAUGUGUGCAGUGCCAGUGCGCGACCAAGUGUCAAAGUUUGUUUAUCUGGUUUUUUUGCUAUCGGUGCCUUGGUCACGGGCAGAGGAGCUACUUUCCACAGAGUACACAUACGGACAAAACUUAAAUAAAGGACCAUGACAUCCGAAGCUGAAGAAACGGUCCGCCCGCGCAGGGCCCAAAGCCAAACAAGGGCCGAAGAAAUUACAACUAGUGAAGAAAAGCAAAGAAAGUCCCAACCAGAUAAACCAUGCCACAAACAUCGCGACUCUCUAUUUUCAUGGAGUUCCGGCUUCGACAAUUUCACUGGUCUGGUGAACUGGGGCUUCCUCCUACUUACGAUGGGUGGAUUUCGGUUAUGCUUAGAAAAUUUACUCAAAUACGGAGUCAGAAUUGACCCUGUACAGUGGUAUAUUGUUCUUAGUGGAAGGAAUGAAGGGGAAGGACACCCUUCACUUAUAUUAUUUGUAUAUUCUGUAGUGCCAGUUGUAAUCUGUUUGAUACUCGAGAAAGGAUUAGCUGCGGAUGCUAUCUCCGAAAGUUUCGGAAUGUUUGCGCAUGUUGUUAAUAUCGUUGUUCUAGUAUUAAUACCAAUGGUGGUAAUUCAUAUCAAGGGCCAUGCAUUCAGUUUAAUGGGUGCUUCGGCUGUAUGUUUCCUGUACUCGGUCCUUUUUAUGAAAGUCUGGAGUUAUGUGCAGGUUAACAUGUGGUGUCGUCAUAGUCUACGGGAAAGCCGAUCGAAAAGUCGCCGACCAAGCAUAUCUAUAGCGCAAUUACAACACCCCAAUAACCACCAUCAUGAUGACAAUGGAAAAACCAAGACACGUUCCGUUGAGUAUCCUGAUAACUUAAACGUAAAGGAUUUACUCUACUUCCUGCAUGCACCAACACUAUGCUAUGAACUUAAUUUCCCACGAACCACAAGAAUUCGCAAGCGAUUCCUGAUCAGACGUUUCCUUGAAGUACUCAUUGGCUUGAACGUUGUAAUGGCUCUUUUCCAACAGUGGAUGAUCCCAUCUGUUAAAAAUUCAUUGAUUCCCUUCUCCCAGAUGGAUGUCCCAAAAGCAACUGAACGUUUAUUAAAGUUGGCAGUAAGUAUGCAUGGAUAGUAUCCAGAAAGGACC